GCUAAAUUGUUAAUCAUGUGAGCAUUACUAAAGAUUAUGGUAUAAAAGCAUUCGAUUUGUAACACUCUGAACAUACAGAUACAGCACACACAUCUCCAACACGCUUUAGCUAAAGCAUUAAGAAUGAAGUUCAGAGUAGCAGUUCUUCUGCUUCUGUACAAAUGUCUUGUAUUCGCUCCGAAUGUCAUAUUCGCGACAGAACCUGCCAACUCAGAGUUGACUUGUCCUUUGAAAAUAUGCACAGAUGUACUGAAGCAACUACAAGAUCUGGAAAUCAGACUGGCUAAGAGUGAAGCUCAGAUUGAGGAAAUCAAAAAGGAAAAACAAGAUCUGGAAAUCAGACUGGCUAAGAGUGAAGCUCAAAAACAAGACAAAGACUUUGUUUCCUGGACCAGGAACGACUUCCUAAAAUAUUCCCGUCGGUUCACUGCGGAUCUGAACACAGUGUUUAAAGGCCUCCUUCUGUCCGAGAACAACACGCUGAUUACUAACAUUGGCAGAGGGCGUCAGCCGUAUCCUGAUCAUCCAGACAGAUUUGAGUGGUAUCGUCAGGUGUUGUGUAGAGAGAGUGUGAGUGAUCGACGCUCUUACUGGGAGGUUGAGUGGAGUGGAGAUUAUGUGUUAAUAGCAGUGGCAUAUAAGAGCAUCUGCAGGAGGGGAGUGGAUAAUAAGUGUGAUUUUGGAGGUAAUGAUCAGUCCUGGAGUUUGUCCUCCAGUUACUCAUUCAGACACAAUAACAUAGAGACUAAACUCCCUGUAAAGUCCAUCAGCAGGAGAGUAGGAGUGUAUGUGGAUCCCAGUGGAGGAAUUCUGUCCUUCUACAGCGUCUCUGGAGACACAAUGAGCCUCAUCCACACAGUCCAGACCACAUUCACUCAACCGCUCUAUCCUGGGAUUAGUGUUCAAUUUCCUGGAUCAGUGAAACUGUGUUGAUGAAUCACAACAGACUGUAGAGAGACUCUACCCACAAUGCUUUGAGCUGAUGAUGAAUCAGAACAGGCUGUUUUUACCCACAAUGCUUUGAGCUGAUGAUGAAUCAGAUGUUAUAGAGUCUCUUCGUUACAUUAAUACUGUGAACCUGAAAUAUCAUGUCAGAAUAAAAGUGUGUGACACAGA